AUGCUCAAGACUUUGGUGCCCAGGACGGGCCGGUCACUCCUCUCAACGAAAGCUCCGCACCUGGGGCCAGCGAACCUCCGGAUCGCCCCCAGCUUCCAGAUUGUUUCCCAGAACCAGCAAAGAAGGAGGGGCUAUGCUUCGGAAACAUCGGACUAUGAUAUUGUGUUCAUUGGCGGCGGUGUUGCAGGCUAUGUUGGCGCAAUAAAAGCUGGUCAAUCAGGUCUGAAGACAGUAUGUAUCGAGAAGAGAGGAAGGCUUGGAGGCACAUGUCUAAAUGUCGGCUGCAUUCCCUCAAAAUCUCUGCUCAACAACUCACACAUCUAUCACCAAAUACUUCACGACACCAAGAAGCGAGGGAUUGACGUCAAUGAUGUCCAGCUCAACCUUACCCAAAUGAUGAAGGCCAAGGACGACUCCGUCCUUAGCCUGACAAAGGGCAUCGAAUUCCUGUUCAAGAAAAAUAACGUUGACUACAUCAAGGGCACGGGAUCUUUUGUGGACGAACACACGGUCAAAGUCAAUCUGCUCGAGGGCGGUGAGACCGAGGUCAAGGGCAAGAACAUCGUCAUUGCUACUGGUAGCGAGACAACACCGUUCCCAGGCCUGCAGAUCGAUGAAAAGAAAGUCAUUACCAGCACAGGCGCAAUUGCUCUGCAAGAAGUGCCCAAGAAGAUGGUGGUAAUUGGUGGUGGUAUUAUUGGCCUGGAAAUGGCCUCAGUAUGGUCCCGUCUCGGCUCCGAAGUUACGGUUGUCGAAUUUCUUGGGCAAAUCGGCGGCCCUGGCAUGGACGCGGAAAUUGCCAAACAAGCGCAAAAGAUCUUAAGCAAGCAAGGUAUCAAAUUCAAGGUCAAUACCAAAGUCACUCAGGGCGACGCCAGCGGUGACGGCGUCAAGAUUGAGGUUGAGGCCGCAAAAGGGGGCAAGAAUGAAUCUCUAGAUGCUGACGUCGUGCUUGUGGCCAUCGGGCGCCGACCUUAUACUGAUGGCUUGGGUAUUGAGAAUGUUGGCGUUGAGAUGGACGAACGCAAACGGGUCGUCAUCGACCAAGAAUAUCGUACCAAGAUUCCUCACAUCCGAUGCAUUGGCGAUGUCACCUUCGGACCGAUGCUCGCACAUAAAGCCGAAGAAGAAGGAGUCGCCUGCGUCGAGUACAUCACCAAAGGCUAUGGCCACGUCAAUUAUGGCGCCAUCCCCUCAGUCAUGUAUACGCAUCCCGAAGUUGCGUGGGUGGGCCAAAACGAAGGUGAGCUGAAAGCCGCCGGUGUGAAAUACAGAGUGGGCACCUUCCCCUUCACCGCCAACUCGCGUGCCAAGACGAACCUCGACACCGAAGGAAUGGUGAAAUUCCUCAGCGAUGCGGAAACAGAUAGGAUUCUGGGCAUUCAUAUUAUUGGACCGAAUGCGGGAGAGAUGAUUGCUGAGGGCGCUUUGGCACUGGAGUAUGGUGCGAGCAGUGAAGACGUGGCGAGGACAUGUCAUGCGCAUCCAACGUUGGCCGAGGCAUUUAAGGAGGCGGCGAUGGCCACAUAUAGCCAGGCGAUCCAUUUUUAA